GUCGAGCGAAGGUCGCGCAGGUGAAGAGAAGAGGAGGGGGGGGGGAAAGGAUUCCGCUUACUAUUGAUCUUACCUGAACUACUUAUUAGUUUGAAAUGCAAUACUGAAUGACUUUCUGCCGCACUAGGCAUGUGAGUAAGCCCUUGGCCUCAGAAUGUCUGACAUGCUUUCCGCAUUUGACCAAAAAAGAAUACUGAGAUCUGAAUGCUACACCACUGGCGCAAACCACGCUUUCGAAAGAUUAUUUUGAUUAUCUAAACAAAACUAACUGCACAGUGGCGAAAUCGAAAGUAUGGUGAUGUUUUUACUGGAUUAAAAGUAACAAUGUCACGAAAUUCAUAGGGCUGAAAAACACUUCCUGGUGUCGUAGACAUACAAAGAUAGCCAUACGUUUACUGAUUUGAAGUUAUAAUUUGAUGUUUUAAACAAUAUAAAUGGAUUUACGACCACACGAUGCGCUAAGGAAGUGUCCCAUGUUAAGGCACAGAGACCGCAACCAGAAGUCAGUGGAUCACAGGCUGGAUGAGGGUCACAGCAAACGAGCUCCUCAGGAUAAGAGAAGUCCCUUCAGACGGGUGAGAAGUCCAUCCAGACCCAGAAUCUCUAGUUCCUUCAGACCCAGGUUUGGGGGAUUAUACCGGCCUCGUUUCAUUCGGGAUGAGCGUGUGUUCCGGAAGCCUAACUUCAGCUUCGGGUUCCAGAGGUACAACCAUUUCACCCCCCGGCCACAGUACUCCUGGAGGGACCAACCAGGACCCAGGCCCUCAGCGUCAACUCUGCCCCCCAGAAGCCAGAACAUUAGCAAGCAGCGAAUUGCAAACAGCAGCUCUCCAGCAACAUCUAAAGAACACUCCAGUACACCCAGGUUGUCUAAAGGUUCCAGCCGAGAGAAGGAGAAGCUGUCCCUGUCUAUCACUGUCUCUCAGGACACCAAAGGAGGUGAGAAAGAAAGCAGAGAAAGGGUGAGAGAGAUCCCCUCGACAGUGAGUCGGGCAGCAGCAAGAAACCGAGCCAUUCAGGAGAAGAGGAGGGAGAUAGAAGAGGUGUACCGUCAGGAUUGUGAUACAUUUGGUGUGGUGGUGAGGAUGCUGAUAGCGAAAGACCCAUCUCUGGAGCUGUCCAUCCAGACAUCCCUGCAGGACAACCUCAAGGAGAUAGGCCUGCGCUGUGUGGAUGCCAUGCAGCAGUUCAUAACAGACUACGACUCCAAAGAACCAUCUCCAAUGUGACACACGCUCCUCUUGGCUACUUACCUUACAUUCCCCUGGCUUGAUGAAUCAACUCACCCUUUAAAAUGUGUAGAGUGCUGACUGGAUGGCCAUGGCCUGUGGAAUGUAGACUGUACGUGGUGCAUGAGGGCACUGGACACUACCGUCUGUGACAGCUAGUCCCCCAGUGAACUGGCCUGUCCUUGUCAGCUGUCAAAGUCACUCCUGGUGCUCUUGGAUUUGGUUCAACCUGCCUGAUAUGUCUGCUACUGGAACAGCCGUGUUUACAGUACUCAGAAACAUUCUAUAUUUCUGUUUUGAUUACAUACUGGCUCUCUAGAAUGAUUCUGAAUUAAAAACUUAUAAUUA